UUCAUCUGUAAUUAAAGGGGCUGUGAUGAGAGACACCUUCUUUCCACCAUUGGUGACGGAUUUUCCACGAGAAAUAUGGACGAUUUUGGAUGGAAGCUGUUAACAAAGGUUUUUUUUUGAUCAGGGGAUGAAAGAUUGACAGUUUCUUGGAAGCACUAUGGCGAGACGGAUUGUAAAUUGUAGUGUUUGGUAGAGCAGAAUUGCUUCUGUAAAUUAAAUGAGAUAAAUAUAUAUAUGAUUUCAGAUCAAUACAAGAUUAUUUCAAGAUUUUAUUUUAUCAUGAUCCUUAAUUUGCCACUCUCGUUCCUACCAUUUACCCUUGACCAAUAAUUUACCAGUGUUAUUUUGAAUUGAGUAACUUAUGCUGCUAUGAUCGAUAUUGUAUUGAUCAAAUAUGCCUCGAGAAAUGUAUUCUGAUGAUUCUUUGAGAUCAAGCAAUUCUUUAGAUUCACAACAAUAUUUAAGACAUGCAUUUACAAGCAAAGAUAUUAAAAGACAAACAACAAAGGAUGUACAAAGGGAAUCUCAGAAUUUACCCAAGAGGAAACAUCACAAGACUCAAAUUGAUUAUCCUGUCGAUCAACAAGAUUCAGACGAGUACUUGCACUGGAAUACUACCAACUAUGACUGGACCACAAGAACGUUAUUGAAGAAACUCCAAAAAAUACCUAGAUGUCAUGAUCAGGGUACUCAACAGAAUUCGAAAGGCUUUGCAGGAAUACACAAAGGCAUGAAUCCAUACUCAGAAAAUGAGAUUGCCAGAACAGAACUAUCUGACCAGUCGGAAAAUAAAUCACCAGGAUGCAUGGGAUGCUUUCCAAGAAAACGAGUACAAAGUAAGGACAUAAAGAGACAAUGUUUCAAACUGUCUUGUAGGAAAAAAAAGCAGUUAACUAGAGAGGAACGUAAAAUAUUGCAAAAUACAAAUAUUAAUGAUAUGUUCGUACCAUUGCAAAAGUCAACAGGCACAAGUGCCACCACAACAAUAAAGCCUUCGGAUAACAAAGCACUAGCCAUUCAAGAUAAGACCCAUAAAAGGCAUAACAAAUUAGAAAAAUCAACACCACAAAGUAAGAAUGAUAUUUUUGAAUCUGAGACACUCAAAGCUCCAGCAACAAUGACGCCAUUAUCAACCAUCAAAUUAGAAACUGAAAAAAUUCCCGUUACUAGAAGUUUAAUUAACGAUGAAACAUAUCGGUCUGCAGUGAUGUCUGAUUUUACAAAAAGCUGCUGUUACCUGUGCGUAGAAAAUACAGCACGAAUUGCCACGGCGUCCAACAACGUUGAGCGUCGUCACAAAGCCGUUGAAGCUCUGCUGGUAGAUAAUGGUAGUGUCAUAAAAAAGUACGACAAAACAUGUAAUCCAACCCCUUGCGUAAGGAGUGUCCGUUCGUCCGUAAAAAUGAGUAUGUACGAUGAGAGUACGUCUUGUACGCAAUUGAGCUAUAUGCCGAAAACAAAGGAAACCCAAAGAUCCAAGCGAAAUGGUGUUUUUGGAAGAGCAGAUUUCUGCAAACACCCGUCUGGUGAGUAUAGCGAUACUUGCAACAUCGAUAAAUGUGGGAAACCUUAUCCCGAAGUAAUAUACAAAUCGAAAAAAAAAAGAUGAAGUUGAGAGUCCCGUAUCGUUUUAUCCAAACCGGUA